AUGGCUGCUAUUAACGUAAGACGUGACGUCCAAGACUCCUUUUACCGUUACAAGAUGCCUCGUCUCACAGCAAAGGUUGAAGGUAAAGGCAAUGGUAUCAAGACUGUCAUCACCAACAUGGCUGAAAUCGCUCGUGCUUUAUCCCGUCCUCCUUCAUACCCUACCAAGUAUUUCGGUUGUGAACUUGGUGCUCAAGUGAAAUGCGAUGACAAGAAUGAACGUUACAUUGUAAACGGUGAUCAUGACGCCACCAAACUCCAAAACACACUCGAUGGUUUCAUCACCAAAUACGUCUUGUGUCAAUCUUGUAAGAACCCCGAAACGGAUAUCAUUAUCAAGAACGACGAAAUCUUGAUGGACUGCAAAGCAUGUGGUGCUAGAAACAAUGGCGAUAUGCGCCACAAGCUCUCUACUUUUAUCGUAAAGAACCCUCCUGCCGUUGCCUCCAAAAAUAUGCGCAAGCAGCGUAAGGCUGCUACUGCUCAAGCCAACAACACUGGUGAAGAUGCCGAUAACAACAAUUCUCCUGAAGGCGAUGAUGGUUCUGACGAUGAUAUCAUUUCUCAACGUAUUCAAAAGCAAGCUGCUGGCCUCAAUAUGGAGAGUAAAUUAGCACUUGAGGAUUGGUCCGAGGAUACCAGUGAGGCCGCGGUUGCUCAACGUAUGAAAGAACUCUCGGUCAAGGGCUCGGGUGCCUUUGCUGGUGGUGAUGAUGACGAUGAGGAAGGUGGUGAAAACAAGUAUGAGGCAUUUGGUGUCUGGCUGUUGGAUAACAAGGCUUCUUCUGACGAUGCCAUCAUUGAAAAGGCCGAAGAGUUGGGUGUCCUUGGUAAAUAUAAGGCUUGCCAAGUGUUGAUCCAAGGUGUCUUUGAUGAAAACAUCAUCUCUCAAAUCCCGAAGCGUGCCAAGUUGCUCGAAAAGUUUGUCACUGAUGAAAAGUCUCAAAAGGCUACUUUGGGUGGUAUUGAACGUCUUGUCGGUAACGAUUUCAAGGAUGCUCUUUUGAAGAAGGUCCCUACCAUCUUGAUGAAGUUGUAUGACUUGGAUAUUAUUGAAGAUGAAGUCUAUAUCAAAUGGGGUGAGAAGCCCUCCAAGCGUUAUGUUGAACGUGAUGUUUCCAAGGCUAUCAAAAAGGCUGCUGCUCCCUUCUUGGAGUGGAUCGAGAAUGCCUCUGAAGAAGAGUCUUCUGAUGAAGAGUCCGAGUAA